ACUCCCAGCUCCAGCGCCGCGGCUGUCACCAGCGCUCCUGCCUCUUCCGUCGUCUCUAGCAGCGCUGUUGCCUCGGCCACCUCCACCCCCUCCUCCUCCUCCGGCUCUGCCAAGAGGGGUCUUGUCUACAACACCUUCUCCUUGAUCUCCGAGUUCUCUGCCUCCGUCAGCAUCGGCUGGAUGUACAACUGGGCUCAGACCCCUGGUGGAACCAUUCCUUCUACCUUGGAGUACGUUCCUCAGCUGUGGGGUCUCCGCACCGCCUACGACACUCCCGACUGGAAGAGCAACGCCGAGGAGCAGAUUAGCCUUGGUUCCACUCACCUUAUGGGUUACAACGAGCCCGAUGUUGAGGAUGGUGCCGGUGGUUCGUUCCUGAGCGCCACCGAGGCCGCCGAGGGCUGGAUGACGUACAUGCAGCCCUUCGCCGGCAAGGCCAAGCUUGUCUCUCCCGGUGUCUGCAACGGUGAGGGUGUCCGCCCCGCCACUGGCCGCAACCAGGGUCUGGACUGGCUCGAGGACUUCGUCAGCGCCUGCAGCAGCUGCACCAUUGACAAGAUCAACGUCCACUGGUAUGCUUCGUACACCGGCAUGGGCUCCGACAUGGAGACGGUUGUCAGCUACUUCAAGGAGUACAUGGAGAAGGCCUACAAGAAGUUCAACAAGCCCCUCUGGGUCACCGAGUUCGAGCUCCAGGGUCUCGACGGCGUCGAGGGCGCUGACGAGAUCGAGGCCAAGUUCAUCAAGGAGAUCGACACCUACGUUGCCUCGACCGCGUGGAUCGAGCGCUACUCGUACUUCAAGACGGAGACGAUCGUCACCAAGACGGCCCUCAAGACGGCUUACAUUUCGUAA